AUGACGUCGGAGAACAUCGCCAAUGAAAUCUGCCUUGUGGAUGUGGUGGCCGAUAAACUUAAGGGAGAAAUGAUGGAUCUCCAGCAUGGUCUUGCUUUCACUAGGCAUUGCGUUGUUAAAGCUGACACAGACUAUGCAAUCACAGCUGGUUCCAAGAUUUGUGUGAUUACGGCUGGUGCUCGUCAGAGAGAAGGCGAGAGCCGUCUUUCCCUUGUUCAAAGAAAUGUGGAGAUCUUCAAAGGAAUCGUCCCUAAGCUUGUUCAUUAUUCACCUAACACAAUUAUUAUGGUGGUUUCUAAUCCAGUGGACGUCCUUACAUAUGUCACAUGGAAAAUCUCUGGCCUUCCCAAGGAACGUGUUUUCGGCUCGGGAACAAAUCUCGAUUCAGCAAGAUUCCGCUUCCUGCUCUCGCAAAAGCUGAAAAUCGCUCCGUCUUCAUGCCAUGGAUGGAUUAUCGGAGAACAUGGAGACUCAAGUGUGGCUGUCUGGUCUGGUGUGAAUGUAGCUGGAGUGACGCUCUCCAACGUGAAGCCCGACAUCGGAGGAACAACCGACGACGAACACUGGGAGCAGGAGAUCCACAAGAAGGUCGUGGAAAGGCUUGGGCACAUAUUCUAUGCUUUCAGUGCUUAUGAAAUCAUCAAGCUGAAGGGAUACACGUCAUGGGCCAUAGGACUGUCAGUGGCGAAAAUCGUCCAAGCAAUUAUGACGAAUUCUCGCAAUGUUUUCGCUUUAUCUACUAACGUGAAGGGUUUCCAUGGUAUUGAAGAUGAGGUCUAUCUUUCGCUGCCGGUUGUACUGGGCGCAAAUGGCAUCACACACAUUGUUAAGCAGAAUCUGAACGGCGAUGAGGUGGAGAAACUCCACCAAAGUAGCCAAGCCCUUCUAGAAGUGCAGCAAGGUCUCGUCAUUUGA